AUGUCUGCCCAGCGAACCAUCGCCGACGCAGCUCGGCUCCUUGAGCUGUCCGACCUCAUCAGUCGCACGGCCAGGCUUAUCAUCGACCAAUGGGCCACAGAAACCCCUGCAGGGACCGAGACUGGCUCGGUAUCGAACAUCGCCUCGCCAGCUCUCUUUAAUGCGCAGAAGACGCUGCUUUCAGCUUCCGGUUUGUUGACAGAGCUGGUGUCUGAGCCGUCCAGCCGUCUGCUCGAGGUAUCGUCCCAGUACAACGAGGCCCGCGCCUUGCAUAUUGUUGCUGAGCUUCGUGUUCCUGAUGUGAUCGCCAAGAAGGAGGGCCAGAAGGCGACCAUCGAGGAGCUCAGUGAGGCCACGGGCAUUGAGAAGCGGAAGUUGGGCCGAUUGAUGCGCUGUCUUUGCUCGAUCCAUGUCUUCCAGGAAGUGCUGCCGAGUGUAUUUGCGAACAAUACGAUCUCGGCGGCGUUGGUGAACAAUGAGCCUCUCCGUGCCUAUAUCAUCAUGUUUGCUUUGGACAUCUACAGCGCGUCUGACUUUCUCCCCAAGACUCUUCUUGAUGCGGAGAAGGGACCGUCCUAUGACGUGCGCAAGACGGCAUUCCAAGAUACAAUGGGAACGACGCAGACUCGCUGGGAGUGGUUUGAGGAGCAAGUUCCUUCUGGACAGCUGAAAGACUAUCCAUUCGGAGGAUAUCCCGGGCCAUGGGGUCCAACCCUGAACGACAAGAUCAAGGACAAAGAGCCCGACGAAGUUGUUGCGCGUCCAGAGCACGCCAACUUUUGUCUGGCCAUGUUUGCCGGUGGACUGGUCUUUGGCAACGCUCAUCUUUACGAUUACCCCUGGAAAUCUCUCGGAAAGGCACAGAUUGUCGAUGUUGGAGGCGGUGUUGGUGGAUUCUGUAUCCAGCUCUCUCACCUCUAUCCUGAGCUGAACUUUGUAGUGCAAGACCGCGCCCCGGCCUUGAAGCAGGCGCAGUCCUCAGUUUGGCCGGCCGAAAACCCCAAGGCCCUCGCAGAAGGCCGCGUGUCUUUCGUGACUCACGACUUUUUCAAAGAGAACCCUGUCAAGGGAGCUGAUGUCUACUGGCUCCGAUACAUCAUGCACGACUGGUCCGACGACUACUGUGUCCAAAUUCUCUCAGCUAUCCGCGGAAGCAUGGGCGAGCGAUCUCGAAUCCUCAUCUGCGACCAAGUGAUGAACACCACCCUGGGGUGCAAGGAGAUCGAAUCUGCUCCUAAGCCGCUGCCUGCAAACUACGGCUAUUUCACACGUUACAGCCACCAGCGUGAUGUGGCCAUGAUGGCGCUGAUUAACGGCAUUGAACGUACUCCUGCGGAAUUCAAGGAUAUUGCUGGUCGGGCGGGACUGGUUCUUAGGAAGAUCUACGACUGCCGGAGUCAGGUUGGACUGGUGGAGUGUGUGUUGCCUGGUUCGCCGUUGUUGAAUGAGGGAUUAUAG